AUGGCUAGCUUAUCAUCAACAGAUGCCAACAACGCACAUCAAAUGGCAUGGGUAGAUAUUACCUACACAGACACUGCUGUCAUCCUUGAUCAUUCGUCUUUCAUCGCCCACCGCACCACGUGGCAGAGCACUGCAUCCCUGCUGCUCGUCGCCAACCAGGUUGGCUUCUGCGGCCAGGCCCAAGGUGAAAGUUGCUACUUCAAGGUGGACAAGCUAGAGUUCGCCGACUCUCUUCGCAGCUGUAGUGCGUCUGGAAAGUAUCAAGAAAUCCGGGAUGUCUUGGUCUUCGCUGAUGUUGAAUGGGGUGUAUACAUCCCUGGCGCCCGCCCUCCUCGAUUUACUCCCGGCUCGGGAGCUUCGCAGACACAUGGUGGUGGCUCCUCGUCGAGUAGGAGGCUACCCGACCGUUUCCGGAGGGAGUUCCGGUGGCUAUUCUUCGACGACUGGGUCAGCAAGCCCAAUAGGGUCUUCCACAACCAUUGGCUCCUCCGACUCUGUCAUACUCGUCUGGCCUUGAGUCUGGGUCUCGGAGGAGCUUUCGAUCUGACCAUGCUGGAAUAUGUCGUGAAACAAGUCUUGCGAAUGGCCCGGCCUGACAUGAUGGUCAUGUUUGGCUUUGAAUUCGCAGUCUUGUCCAUAACAACCAUCAGUACCGUCAUAAGAUAUGCAAUCAACCUGGUCGAAAUCGGCAUGGUUCGAGAACAGAAGAAACAACGCAUUGAGGAGACCAAGAAAGAGAGAAUGCAAACCGCUGUCACACAAUACCAGGAUGCUCAUGCUCUAAAAACCAACAACAAUGCUUCCUCCGACCCAGAAAAUCAAUCUCCAACCAUGGAGAGGCAGGGCAGCACAGCAGGGUGCGAGACAAGGGCCGCGAAACUACCAAUUUGGGCCCUUGCGCAAUUGGCAGCUGAUGGACGGCCAAAUCCUGCACCUCAGGCUAAUGGCGAUGCGAAUGGUCCUCGUCAAUUUGGUAUGGGCGUUCGAUGGGCUGGGCUGCGAGGACGAUCGGCGAGACUUCGAUCGCAAAGGGGAGUUAAAUCUGCCCCGAACUCACCCUCGAUCGGAAUCCGGGUGUCGCCGCCUUGUGUUUUCAGUCAAUUCUGA